AUGGGUUCUACAAAAGUCACGGCGCCGUCGCUCAAGGACUUGACGAUUGACAACAUAACACCGAAUGUGCAUCUAGUGAACUCCCCGUGCCAGAACCGAAGAUUGAAGUACCUCCUCGAGAGACUGGUCACGCAUUUGCAUGACUUUGUCAGGGAGACGAGAUUGAGCACUGAUGAGUGGAUGACGGGCAUUGAGUUUCUCACAGCCGUUGGGCAGAUAUGUACUGACGUCCGCCAGGAAUUCAUUCUCCUGAGUGAUAUUUUAGGCGUUUCUCUUCUCGUUGACUCUGUGGACCACCCCAAACCCGAAGGUGCCACUGAAGGAACGGUUCUUGGACCUUUCCACACCCACGAAGCUCACUCGGUAGCCAACGGCGAAUCUAUUGCCGGUGAUCCGGAUGGCCAGCCAUGUCUUGUUCUCUGUAGCGUCCGCGAUACUUCUGGCAAACCAAUUUCCGGGGUAAGAAUAGAUGUGUGGGAGACGGACUCCAAGGGGUUCUACGACGUGCAGUAUGCCGACCGCACCGGACCUGACGGGCGAGGAAUUGUGACUAGCGACGAUGAUGGGCUCUUUUGGUUCAAGGCGAUUGUGCCAGUUCCUUAUCCUAUUCCCCAUGAUGGUCCUGUGGGGAAGCUGCUGGGACGCCUUGGUCGACACCCAUAUCGCCCAAGUCACAUGCAUUUCAAAUUUGACAAGGAAGGCUACGAUCCGCUUAUAACGGCUCUGUAUGUCCGAAAUGACCCUUACGAGAAUUCCGACGCCGUUUUUGGAGUCAAGAACUCCCUAGUAGUUGACGUGAAGGAGGUGAAAGACCGCGAAGUUGCCGAGAAUUACGGUGCCUACGUUGGAUGUGCACUUAUUGAAUAUGAUUUCGUUCUCGUGCUGGAGUCUGAAGCCCUGGCAUUGAGAGAGCAGAGAGCUGCGGAGGCCAUGAAGGCACAAGGGAGGAAGGUCACGUUCCUCGAUGGACUCCCUGUGCCCGAGCUCGAUUGA